CCCAAAAAGCGCCAUUUCAAGACUCAGAAAGAACCAGUAACCUUCCCCGCGAUUCAGAUCCCACACUCUCACUCGCUUCCCCCGACUCACCAAGUCACCUCGCCGCCAUUGUUGAACCACCGCGCCGAGUUUCACCAACUCAUUCUCACAGCACCAUGGCAUCAAGAUCGUAGCAGAAAAUCGCCCGCAUUCUGUUUCUCCUGAGGCUAUUAGGCCUCGCGACGCCGAGUCAAAACUCGCUCCGAACUCGGGAAUGGCUUCCUCGGAAGCCGAUUCCCGUCUGAGCCAGGUCCUCGUCCCCGCACUCGAGAAGAUCAUCAAGAACGCUUCGUGGCGAAAGCACGCGAGGCUCGCUCAUGAGUGCAAAUCCACCAUCGAGAGGCUCAACCGCAGCACGCCGCAGCUUCCUCCCGGUUCUCCGUCCGAUACCGAACCGGAAAACUCGGAUCCCGGUCCACUCCACGACGGCGGUCCGGUCGAGUACUCGCUUGCCGAGUCCGAGUCGAUUCUUAGCCCUCUCAUCAAUGCCGCUAGCUCCGGCGUUCUGAAGAUCGCCGAUCCCGCCGUUGAUGCCAUCCAGAAGCUUAUCGCGCAUGGAUACCUCCGCGGCGAAGCGGAUCCCGGUGGCACCGCUGAUGAGGCCAAGCUGCUGUCGAAUUUGAUUGAAUCGGUUUGCAAAUGCCAUGAUCUGAGCGACGAUGCGAUGGAGCUGCUGGUGUUGAAGACGCUGUUAUCCGCGGUGACGUCAAUUUCGCUGCGAAUUCACGGUGAUUGCUUGCUUCUGAUUGUGAGAACGUGUUAUGAUAUAUAUCUUGUGAGUAAGAAUAUGGUGAAUCAGACAACGGCGAAGGCGUCGCUGAUUCAGAUGCUGGUGAUUGUGUUUAGAAGAAUGGAAGCAGAUUCAUCCACAGUGCCUAUUCAGCCUAUUGUGGUGGCUGAAUUGAUGCAGGCAGCGGAGAAAUCUGAUGCGGACAGUUCCAUGACGCAGUUUGUGCAAGGGUUUAUCACGAAGAUAAUGCAGGACAUUGAUGGGGUUUUGAACCCCGUGACGCCUAGUGGGAAGGUUUCAUUGUUAGGUGGGCAUGAUGGUGCGUUUGAGACCACCACGGUGGAGACCACGAACCCCACGGAUUUACUGGAUUCCACUGAUAAGGACAUGUUGGACGCUAAGUAUUGGGAAAUCAGUAUGUACAAGACGGCAUUGGAGGGAAGGAAGGGGGAGCUGGUGGAUGGGGAGCUGGUGGAGGAAAGGGAUGAUGAUUUGGAAGUUCAGAUUGGGAACAAGCUGAGGAGAGAUGCUUUCUUGGUGUUUCGGGCGCUUUGUAAAUUGUCUAUGAAGACACCCCCUAAGGAUGCAUCUGCGGAUCCGCAGUUGAUGAAGGGGAAGAUCGUUGCAUUAGAGUUGUUGAAGAUCUUGCUGGAGAACGCGGGAGCUGUCUUCCGGACUAGUGAAAGGUUUUUAGGUGCCAUCAAGCAGUACUUAUGUUUGUCAUUGUUGAAGAACAGUGCUUCAACUCUUUUGAUUGUUUUUCAGCUAUCAUGCUCCAUAUUCAUCAGUCUGGUAUCAAGAUUUAGGGCUGGAUUGAAAGCAGAAAUUGGAGUUUUUUUCCCUAUGAUUGUUCUCAGGGUCCUAGAAAAUGUUUCUCAGCCUAAUUUUCAACAAAAGAUGAUAGUGCUUCGAUUUCUGGAGAAGCUUUGUGUUGAUUCACAGAUUUUGGUUGACAUAUUUAUCAACUACGACUGUGAUGUUAAUUCAUCAAACAUAUUUGAGAGGAUGGUCAAUGGACUUCUUAAAACUGCUCAGGGUGUCCCUCCUGGUGUAACGACCACCCUUUUGCCUCCUCAAGAAGCAACACUAAAACUCGAAGCCAUGAAAAGCUUGGUUGCUGUCCUAAAAUCAAUGGGUGACUGGAUGAACAAACAACUGCAGAUUCCAGAUCCUCAUUCAGCCAAGAAAGUUGAAGCAACUGAUAAUGGAACUGAAGCUGGAGGUUUCACCACGGUUAAUGGGAAUGUAGAAGACUCAGUUGAAGGAUCCGAUACUCAUUCUGAAAUCUCUAAUGAUGCGUCUGAUGUUUCAUCUAUUGAGCAACGCCGAGCUUAUAAACUGGAACUUCAGGAAGGUAUAUCACUAUUUAAUAGGAAGCCUAAGAAAGGAAUUGAGUUCCUCAUCAAUGCCAAGAAGGUAGGUGAUUCUCCGGAGGAUAUAGCUGCUUUUCUUAAAGAUGCGUCUGGGUUAAACAAGACUUUGAUUGGUGAUUAUCUGGGAGAAAGGGAAGAAUUAUCCUUGAAGGUGAUGCAUGCAUAUGUGGAUUCCUUUAACUUUGAAGGCAUGGAGUUUGAUGAGGCAAUCAGGGUCUUUCUUCAAGGAUUUAGACUGCCUGGUGAGGCACAAAAAAUUGAUCGGAUCAUGGAAAAGUUUGCUGAACAUUAUUACAAAUGUAAUCCAAAGGUCUUUUCUAGUGCUGACACAGCAUAUGUCCUUGGUUUUUCUGUGAUACUGCUCAAUACGGAUGCUCACAAUCCUAUGGUGAAGAACAAGAUGUCUGCUGAUGAUUUCAUAAGAAACAAUCGUGGAAUUGAUGAUGGAAAAGAUCUGCCUGAGGAAUACUUGAGGUCAUUGUUUGAAAGAAUAUCCAGAAAUGAGAUCAAAAUGAAAGAAAGUGAUAUCGCCCCUCAACAAAGACAGGCUGUGAACCCAAAUAGAAUUUUAGGCUUGGAUAGUAUAUUGAACAUUGUGAUUCGUAAGCGUGGGGAAGAGAGUCAUAUGGAAACCAGUGAUGAUCUUAUCCGUCAUAUGCAAGAACAAUUCAAAGAAAAAGCUCGCAAAACUGAGUCAGUCCAUUAUGCAGCCACAGAUGUUGUUAUCCUUAGAUUCAUGAUUGAGGUGUGUUGGGCACCUACGUUAGCUGCCUUCAGUGUACCCCUCGAUCAAAGUGACGAUGAGGUUGUAAUAUCUCUGUGUCUUGAAGGCUUCCGCCAUGCUAUUCAUGUUACUUCUGUAAUGUCCAUGAAGACUCAUAGAGAUGCUUUUGUGACUUCGUUAGCAAAGUUUACCUCACUGCAUUCUCCUGCAGAUAUUAAGCAGAAAAAUGUUGAGGCAAUUAAGGCAAUAGUUGCUAUUGCUGAUGAGGAUGGAAAUUACUUACAAGAAGCUUGGGAGCAUAUCUUGACCUGUGUUUCCCGGUUUGAGCAUCUACAUCUUCUUGGAGAGGGAGCUCCACCUGAUGCUACAUUCUUUGCCUUUCCUCAGAAUGAUUCAGAAACAAAGCAAGCAAAAUCAACCAUUCUUCCUGUUUUGAAGAAGAAGGGAGCUGGGAGGAUGCAGUAUGCAGCUGCCACAUUAAUGCGGGGUUCAUAUGAUAGUGCUGGAAUUGGCGGUAAUGUUUCUGGAGCAGUCACAUCAGAACAAGUGAACAAUCUAGUUUCUAAUUUGAAUAUGUUGGAACAAGUUGGAAGCUCUGAAAUGAAUCGCAUAUUCACUCGGAGUCAGAAGUUGAACAGCGAGGCCAUAAUAGAUUUUGUUAAGGCUUUAUGCAAGGUGUCCAUGGAGGAACUAAGAUCUCCAUCUGAUCCACGGGUUUUCAGCCUCACAAAGAUGGUUGAGAUUGCGCACUACAAUAUGAACCGCAUCAGGCUUGUAUGGUCAAGCAUCUGGCAUGUUCUCUCUGAUUUCUUUGUAACCAUUGGCUGUUCUGCGAAUCUUUCAAUUGCAAUUUUUGCAAUGGAUUCCUUGCGUCAGUUAUCAAUGAAGUUUCUGGAGCGGGAAGAGUUGGCUAAUUAUAAUUUUCAAAAUGAACUUAUGAAGCCUUUUGUCAUUGUUAUGCGAAAGAGUAAUGCUGUUGAAAUUAGAGAACUAAUUAUCAGAUGUGUCUCUCAAAUGGUUCUAUCCCGUGUCAACAAUGUCAAAUCAGGGUGGAAGAGCAUGUUCAUGGUAUUCACGACUGCAGCUUAUGAUGAUCACAAAAACAUUGUACUGUUGGCUUUCGAAAUUAUGGAGAAGAUUAUUCGAGAUUACUUUCCAUACAUCACUGAGACUGAAACCACCACCUUCACAGACUGUGUGAAUUGUCUAAUUGCAUUCACCAAUAGUAGAUUCAACAAAGAGAUUAGCCUAAAUGCAAUUGGUUUUCUUCGAUUCUGUGCAACAAAACUAGCUGCAGGAGACCUUGGCUCCUCAUCCAGGAAUAAAGAUAAGGAAGUUCCUGGAAAGAUUUCCUCACCUUCACCUAGAACAGGAAAAGAAGAUAGACAAUCUAAUGGAGAGAUGACUGACAAGGAUGAUCAUCUCCAUUUCUGGUUUCCUUUGUUGGCAGGUCUAUCUGAGCUUAGCUUUGACCCAAGGCCUGAGAUUAGGAAGAGUGCCUUGGAAGUCCUAUUUGAAACCUUACGCAACCAUGGAAAUCUCUUUUCCCUACCUUUAUGGGAAAGAGUAUUUGAGUCUGUCCUCUUUCCAAUAUUUGAAUAUGUCCGACAUUCUAUUGACCCUUCAGGGGGUAGUUCACCGGUUAAUGAAGAAGAGACUGAUGGUGAGCUUAAUCAGGAUGCUUGGGUUUAUGAGACCUGCACAUUGGCCCUCCAAUUGGUUGUAGAUCUUUUUGUCAACUUUUACAGCACUGUCAAUCCACUUAUAAAAAAGGUGCUGAUACUCCUGGUAAGCUUUAUAAAGCGUCCUCAUCAAAACCUUGCUGGCAUUGGUAUUGCUGCAUUUGUUCGUUUGAUGAGUAAUGCUGGGGAGCUAUUUUCUGAUGUAAAGUGGUUAGAAGUGGUUUUAUCUCUAAAAGAAGCAGCAAAUGCAACACUCCCCAACUUUUCAUUCCUCGAGAGUGAAGACUUUGUGGCUAGUAAUCAUGAACAUGCUUCAACAACAGCCGGAGAUGAUACCGAUCUUGCCGAGUCUGGUUUGCUAGAUAAUUCAGAAAGCCUAAGAAAUCAGCAUAUUUAUGUUUAUAUCACUGAUGCAAAAAGCCGAGCAGGUGUUCAACUGUUACUGAUUCAGGCGGUGAUGGAGAUCUAUAACAUGUUUCGGUCCCACCUUUCAUCAAAAACCAUGCUAGUCUUGUUUGACGCUUUGCACAAUGUAGCAUUACAUGCGCACAAGAUUAACAGCAAUAGCAUUUUGCGUUCUAAGCUUCAAGAGUUUGGUUCUAUGACCCAAAUGCAAGACCCUCCACUGUUACGCCUUGAAAAUGAAUCAUACCAAAUAUGCCUUACAUUUUUACAGAACCUUGUUGUCGACAAGCCUCCUACUUAUGAAGCAGCUGAGGUUGAAUCUCAUCUUGUUCGAUUUUGUCAAGAGGUUUUGGAGUUUUACAUUGAAGUUGCAGGCUUUGGACAAAAAUCUGAAUCUUCUAAUGGUAGAAAGCCACAUUGGUCAAUUCCUUUAGGCUCUGGGAAGAGGAGAGAAUUAGCUGCACGUUCACCUCUUGUUGUGGCUACUCUGCAGGCUAUUUGUAGUUUGGGAGAUAUUUCUUUUGAGAAGAACCUGUCUCAUUUUUUCCCUCUUCUCUCUAGCCUGGUAAGUUGUGAACAUGGUUCAAACGAUGUCCAAGUUGCUCUCAGUGAUAUGCUUAGUUUAUCAGUUGGUCCUGUUUUGCUUCAGUCAUGUUGAUAAUUUCGAUAAGACUAACCAUGCAAUUUGAGAUAUAGGAUAUUUUUGUUUGAAUCCUUGUUCAUAAUUUUCUCGGCGCCGUCCUCUUGGAUUACAUGUCAAUAAUAUUCUUUGGCAGUGUAUGAAAAGUUGAUAGUAAUUGCGUUAGCUACACCUUCCUAGAGGCUUAAUGUUGUAUUUCCUUUUUCCUUUUACUCAA